AUGGUCAGCAAGACGGAGGAGCCCGGCGUCCAGAGCCCAGCCACCGCUCACAGCCCUGACAAGAGCCCGGCACCCUGCUGUGAGCAUCAGAGUAGCAUGACCUUAAUGAAUGGAGAUGGGGCUACUGAACACCAGACAGAUGCUGAACCAAAGCAGAAUGGCCAUGAUGUCGGGGAACAGGCAGAAGAUGGAAGUGAACAGGAGGUUAUUGUUAUUCAGGAUACAGGUUUUACUGUCAAGAUUCAAGUCCCUGGGUUAGAGACCUUUUCCAUUCAGGUGUCCCCUCAGGAGAUGGUUCAGGAGAUCCAUCAGGUUUUAAUGGAUAGAGAAGAUACUUGUCAUAGAACUUGCUUCUCCCUUCAGUUAGAUGGCAAUGUGCUAGACAACUUUGCAGAGCUCAAGACUAUAGAGGGCUUUGAAGAGGGCGUUGUUCUGAAAGUUGUUGAAGAACCAUACACAGUUCGUGAAGCCAGAAUUCAUGUACGCCACAUAAGAGACUUGCUGAAGAGUUUGGAUCCGUCUGACGCAUUCAAUGGGGUUGAUUGUAACUCUCUCUCAUUUUUAAGUGUUUUCACAGAUGGUGAUCUUGGAGAGAAUGGAAAAAAGAAAAAGAAGGGGGCUGAGCUGGAGCAGAUAGAUUGUACACCACCUGAAUACAUACUACCAGGAAGCAAGGAGAGGCCGCUCUGUCCCCUUCAGCCACUGAACAAAGACUGGAAGCCUUUGCAGUGUUUGAAAGUAUUCACGAUGAGUGGCUGGAACCCUCCUCCUGGUAACCGAAAGAUGCACGGAGACCUUAUGUAUUUAUAUGUGAUAACUAUGGAGGACCGGCAUGUCAGCAUUACAGCAUCCACUCGAGGAUUCUACCUCAACCAAUCUACAGCCUACAACUUUAACCCUAAGCCAGCCAACCCCAGCUUCCUCAGUCACUCACUGGUGGAACUACUCAAUCAAGUCAGCCCCGUUUUCAAGAAGAACUUUGCCGCCCUUCAAAAGAAAAGAGUUCAGAGACACCCCUUUGAGCGGAUUGCUACCCCAUUCCAAGUAUACAGCUGGACUGCUCCCCAAGUGGAACAUGCCAUGGACUGCGUGAGAGCAGAAGAUGCCUAUACAUCCCGCCUGGGGUACGAGGAACACAUCCCUGGACAAACCAGAGAUUGGAAUGAAGAACUGCAGACAACAAGAGAAUUGCCUCGUAAGAAUUUACCAGAAAGACUUUUGCGAGAGAGAGCUAUAUUCAAGGUCCACAGUGAUUUUACAGCAGCAGCUACAAGAGGUGCCAUGGCAGUUAUUGAUGGUAAUGUCAUGGCCAUCAACCCCAGUGAAGAGACAAAGAUGCAGAUGUUCAUCUGGAAUAACAUUUUUUUCAGUUUGGGUUUUGAUGUCCGGGAUCACUACAAAGAUUUUGGUGGAGACAGUGCUGCUUAUGUAUCUCCUACAAAUGAUCUUAAUGGGGUGCGGACAUACAAUGCAGUAGAUGUGGAAGGAUUGUACACAUUGGGAACAGUGGUGGUAGACUAUAGAGGUUACAGGGUUACUGCACAAUCCAUUAUUCCAGGGAUAUUGGAGCGGGAGCAAGAGAGCAGAGUGUCAUUUACGGAUCCAUUGACUUUGGCAAAACUGUUGUAUCUCACCCAAAGUACCUGGAACUGCUGGAGAAAACAAGCCGGCCACUCAAGAUUUUUAAAACACAGAGUCCUAAAUGACAAAGAGGAGGAAGUGGAGCUGUGCUCCUCUGUAGAGUGUAAAGGUAUCAUUGGUAAUGAUGGACGGCAUUACAUUUUGGAUCUUCUAAGGACCUUCCCCCCAGACCUUAAUUUCUUGCCUGUGGAAGGUGAGGAUAUGCCAGAAGAAUGUAAGAAAAUGGGCUUCCCCAAAGAACACAGGCACAAGCUUUGCUGCCUACGGCAGGAGUUGGUGGACGCUUUUGUGGAACACAGAUACCUCCUGUUCAUGAAGUUGGCUGCCAUGCAGCUGAUGCAGCAGAAGAGCUCCUCACAGGAGAAUGUUGGUUCCCUAGAAAAUGGGGGUCCUGCAACCUCAUCCGAUUCAUCUGCCAAAACUGAACCUCGGGAAAGCAGUCUGUCUGAGGACAAGAUGGGGGACAGUAUAGAUGGCGAGUCCCAAGUCAAAGAGCUAGUUGAUUUGAAGAGUCGAGAGGUAAUUCGUAAGGCAUGUCAGGCUGUUGGCUCAAUUAGUGAAACAUCAUUUGAUAUUCGCUUCAACCCAGACAUCUUUUCUCCAGGUGUGCGUUUUCCUGAGUGUACACAGGCAGAGGUGCAGAAUCAGAAACAGCUGCUGAAGGAUGCGGCCUCUUUUGUGCUGACCUGUCAGAUUCCAUGUUUGAUUAAGGACUGCCUUGAUCAUAAUGUAGUUCCCAUGGAUGGAGCCACCUUAGCUGAAGCAAUGCAUCAGAGAGGAAUUAACAUGCGCUAUCUUGGAAAAGUUAUAGACAUUGCCAAGAAGUUUCCUGUCCCAUCCCAACUAGAUCAUGUCUAUAAAAUCUUAAUUAGUGAAGUGAUUACCAGAUCUGCAAAGCACGUCUUCAAGACAUAUCUGCAGGGCGUAGAACUCUCAGGUCUGUCUGCUGCCAUUAGCCAUUUCCUGAACUGCUUCCUCAGCUCCUUUCCCAACUCGGUGGCUCACCUCCCAGCUGAUGAACUGGUCUCCAAGAAAAAGAACAAGAAGCGCAAAAACCGAAACCUCAGUAGUGCUGACAACACAGCCUGGGCCAGUGUCACCCCGCAGGAACUCUGGAAGAACAUCUGCUCUGAAGCCAAAGCCUACUUUGACUUCAACCUUGAAUGUGAACAUGUGGAUCAUGCGGUGGAAGUGUACAACCUGCAGAAAAUUGGCCUUCUCAGAGAAAUCUCUAAUAAAGUUGGCAUUCAGGUCCUACUCAAAGAGUACAACUUUGACAGCCGACACAAACCAACCUUCACAGAAGAGGACAUAUUGAAUAUUUUCCCUGUGGUGAAACAUGUCAAUCCCAAAGCAUCUGAUGCUUUUCAUUUCUUCCAGAGUGGACAAGCUAAAGUACAACAGGGUUUCCUAAAGGAAGGGUGCGAAUUAAUAAAUGAAGCCUUAAAUUUGUUUAACAACGUGUAUGGUGCCAUGCACGUAGAGAUCUGUGCCUGCCUACGACUGCUUGCCCGACUCAACUAUAUCAUGGGCGACUAUACUGAGGCCUUAAGCAACCAGCAGAAAGCGGUUCUAAUGAGUGAGAGAAUACUGAGUAUUGAACAUCCCAGCACCAUUCAGGAAUAUAUGCAUCUAGCACUGUACUGUUUCGCAAAUAAUCAGCUCUCCACUGCAUUAAAUCUGCUGUACAGGGCUCGUUACCUCAUGCUGCUUGUGUUUGGAGAAGGGCAUCCAGAAAUGGCACUUUUAGAUAGUAACAUUGGCCUGGUGCUACACGGAGUAAUGGAGUAUGACCUAGCCCUGCGAUUCCUGGAGAAUGCUCUUACUAUCAACUCCAAGUAUCAUGGAGCCAAGUCAUUGAAGGUUGCACUCAGUCACCAUCUUGUAGCACGAGUUUAUGAAACUAAAGGGGAAUUUCGAUCUGCCUUACAGCAUGAGAAGGAGGGAUACACAAUAUACAAAAACCAGCUGGGGGAGCAGCAUGAGAAGACCAAAGAAAGCUCCGAGUACUUGAAGUACCUGACCCAGCAGGCUGUAGCUUUACAGAGGACAAUGAAUGAGAUUUACAAGAAUGGAUCCAGUGCCAACAUAAUGCCUCUCAAGUUCACAGCUCCCAGCAUGGCCAGUGUCCUGGAUCAGCUCAAUAUCAUUAAUGGAAUCCUCUUCAUUCCUCUCAGUCAAAAGGACCUGGAGAAUUUGAAAGCUGAAGUCCAGCGACGUCAGCAGUUACAAGAAGCCAUCAAAGGAGCCGAUAAUCAGGAAGAAAAAGAAUUAACAGAAGCAAGCAAAGCUAGCACUGAUACAGAUGAGACUGUCCAGACUCAAAGCUCUGCCUAG